AGCAGUCAUUGCAGUAACAUGCAAGACUCUUGUGCAUCAUUAGGAAAGUCCCCUCUCUUCGAUUUGAAUGAGGUUGCUACCAAUAUUACUAUUGAAGAACAUGAAGAUAAAGUAUCUACUACUUGUAGUGGUAGUUAUGAAAAUGAGUUGUCAAUGGAAAGAGGUAAAAUCGUCCCAGUGAACGAGCAAAAAACCAGGAGAUUUAGGCGAUAUGUUCGAUCAAAAGCUCCUCGGCUUCGCUGGACUCCUGAUCUCCAUCUUGCCUUCGUAAAUGCUGUGGAAACACUAGGAGGCCAAGAGAGAGCUACUCCUAAGCUGGUUCUUGAGCUGAUGAAUGUAAGAGGACUUCAAAUUACUCAUGUAAAGAGUCACUUGCAGAUGUAUAGGAAUAAGUUUCAAGACUCAGCUAGCGUUUUAUCUUCCUCAAGUGGAUGUAUAAAUAGGAAACCUCAUAUUAUGGAAAUGUACCGAAGGGUCAAAGGUUCCUGGUACUUGAGAAGGGAUCAUGGAAACCAUUUGCUGUCAUCUCUCCUUCAAGAACCACUAGAUCCAAGUUAUGCAAUGUUAAGGUCUACUGCUUCACAAGGGAAAAAUGAUACAGGAUUGGUACUAGCAGGAUAUAAGCAACUAAAGCGUAGUCGAUUUGUUGAAGACAAGAAGAGGUCUUCUCAUGAAACCUGCUGUGAACUAUUUCUUCAGCAAGGUUUUGUUACUUCAACAGCCAGUUCCGCAUACAAAUCUUUUGAACCAAACUAUGAACCCCUUGGGCUAAACCUUCAUGAAGCAUGUAAAUUACAAGAAACUCCAAAGCACGACGGAUUAUCAAAAUUACAGUUAAGCUUGAGCCAUGGUUGUGAUCAGACUGGUGUCAAACAGAGUAGUCUACAGAGCUCAAAAGAUGUUAAUACCAUACUUUCUCUUUCUUUCUCUUGAUAUAACUAAACAAACAGAAUACUAUGGCAAAUUCAGGAAAACACAAGACAAGUACUUGGGAUCUCACUAUGCAAUUCAAAUAUUGUGCAUUGGAAUGAGAUCUUGCAAGUACUAGACUUGUAGGCCUCAUACACAGAAGGAUAUUCAUGAUAUUAGAAAAGAUUUAUGUUCAUUAAUUCUAUGAGCAAAGAAGUAUAGCUGAAAGAGAAGUGGUUACCUUCCUUAAACAAUUCAUGUUAUUACUAGUGGUAGUAAUUUUCUUCCUUAUAAGAAGUUCCGCUACUCCGAAUCCCUAUAAAAAUGAGAGAUGGUGCAACAUCGAGUUUUAUUAGUGUAAAAAAUUAUUCAACUUGACUUUGUUGCUAUAUAGAACUGAUCUUACCUCAUUAAUGCUGUUCAAUUUCCUGUCACGAAUGUAAAAAAAUUGUGGCAGAGCAACUGCUUCAACUCUUUAAAACAGGGGGUCUUUCCUGCAACUAUAGUAAAAUUCAGGGGCUAAUUAAAAUUAAUCCAGGUUGCUGAACGCCUGAACCCUUUUUUGCACACAAUAUGCAAGUGAUAUUCUAUUUGUUUUUUAAUAUGUUUCCAGGUGAUUAAUAAGGGCGUAAACUUUUUGUACGUAGCGUGCCUUUCUUUUUUUGAACAUUUCUAGCGCUUUGAUAGA